GCAGGGCGCGCAUGCGCAGAGCGGCGUGGCGCUGCGGCCAUGGCGCUCGGGAGGCUGCCGCGGCUGCUGCUCGGCCCCGCCGCCUCGCGCUCCCCGCCCGCCCGGGGCAUGGCGGCUGCGGCCCACGAGGGCGGUGGAGCCCGCCUGUGGAGGACCCUGACCUUCGUGGUGGCUCUGCCCGGGGUUGCUGUUUGCAUGCUGAACUGCUACCUGAAAGCACAGCAGGAGCACGAGAGACCUGAGUUUAUUCCUUACGCUCACCUCCGGAUCAGGACCAAGCGUUUCCCCUGGGGUGAUGGGAACAAAACUCUCUUCCACAACCCCCAUGUUAAUGCUCUCCCAACCGGUUAUGAAGAUGAAAAUUGAGACCCUGACCACAGCCAGAACUUUGGCUCUUCCUGUCUUGGACCAGAAUGUUGUGUGGGAACCAUCCUUAAAGGAACCAUAAUUAAAAAAACUACAUUCCUUCUGCAAUGGAGCUGAAUGGUGUUCUGGCCUCUGUACUGGUGUAGAGGUCCUUUAAAUAAACAACUCUGACCUUGAA